AUGGGUCUUUUGUCGUUGGGGACGCCGCUUCCGUGGCUGGAGUCGAGACAGUACAAUGAACAUGUUCGUGACAAUGGUGUCCAACAGUUAUUGUACUCUUUCAAAGCGGCAUAUGGACGUAAAAACGACAUUUUUUACUGGGGUGACGAACUCGAGUUCAUAAUGUUUAAAUUUCAAAACCACGACGGCGAGGGUCAAAAUGCGGUUUUGACGCUUGAAAGUGACGACGUUUUAACGUCAUUGAACAAUGAAGAUAUCAGUAUAUGCGAGGCCAAUGACGUGUUAUUUCACCCGGAAUACGGGCGGUAUAUGAUCGAAGCAACUCCUGCAUCGCCCUACGAGGGUUUAAACACAGAAUAUGUUGAAAACAACAUGCAGAUCAGAAGAAAAUUGGUCGAGCAAAGACUUGCUGGACGUGGCUGCCGUCUCGCUGCCAUGGCAGUGUUUCCCAGAAUGGGAUGUGAAGAUUUCAGUGAUAUCAAAAACGUUUGGGAUCACCACAACAAUGCGUCGAAAUCGCUUUAUUUGCCCGACGAAGUGACCAACAGGCAUGCGCGGUUCCCGACUUUAACUGCUAACAUUCGUACUAGACGUGGAGAGAAAGUGAACAUACAAGUGCCGAUGUACAAGGACAAAUUCACACCUUACAGAGAUGAUUCCGUAUACAAACGGGACUGGUUUGAACCAGAAGACUCCGAAAGCGUCUUAGCGGCGAAACCAGGCUAUAUUUACAUGGAUGCCAUGGGGUUUGGUAUGGGCUGCUGCUGCUUGCAAAUCACCCUUCAGGCUCCAGAUAUUUCAAAGGCAAGAUAUGUAUACGACUCGCUGGCGAACAUUGCCACCAUCAUGCUCGCGGCUACUGCUGCGUCCCCCUUUUUCAAAGGUUGGCUUGCAGAUCAAGAUGUGCGCUGGAACGUCAUUUCAAGUGCUGUGGAUGACCGAACCCCCUACGAGCGUGGAGUAGCCCCGCUCUUGCCUCAAUCGAAUAAUGGUCAUGGAAGUUCGAUCAAAGCUAACCCGCAGCGUAUACCCAAAUCUCGUUACAGUGUCGUAGAUCUAUUUCUGGGGGGUAACGAAUUUUUCGAUCGCAGUUUCAAUGACACUGACGUGCCUCUUAAUGAGAAAGUACUUGAAACUUUACAAUCAAACGACAUUUUCGAACUAGACUAUGACUUGGCGCGUCAUUUUUCGCAUUUGUUCAUCAGAGAUCCCCUUGUGAUUUUUCAAGAACGCAUCAACCAGGACAAUCUCACGUCCACGGAUCAUUUCGAAAACAUUCAAAGCACCAACUGGCAAUCGCUUCGGUUCAAACCUCCUAACCAAAAGGCAACCCCUGACCAAAAAGACGCCCCGGGUUGGCGUGUCGAAUUCCGUACCAUGGAAUUGCAAAUGACCGAAUUUGAGAACGCCGCGUAUUCGUGCUUCAUUCACAUUAUCACCGAAUGCCUCCUAACGUUCAGUCAUGAAAUUAACCCUUACAUGCCUAUGUCCAAAAUAUGGGAAAAUAUGGAGAUUGCGCAUCGCAGGGAUGCCGUGCUAGAACAACAAUUUCAUUGGAAAGAUGACUUGCAUGGCGGGCGCACAAGCUUGAGCAACAUGGACCACGUCUUUCACAAUGUUAAAAGUGGCUUAUUCCCACAAUUCAUCGACCGUCUGUUGAAGUACAAGUCGAUGGUCACUGAAUCCUGGCGCGAGCUUGUCAAAUCUAAGGAUUCUUCCAAUGUUCGCCUGUUCUAUUAUUUGAAGCUAAUAUCAGACAGAGCUACUGGAAACCUACCGACGGCAGCCAAAUUCUUAAGACAGUAUGUGCUAAGCCACCCCGACUAUUCACAGGACUCCCGUGUCACAAAAGAAAUCAAUUACGAUACGCUAAAAGUCGCCGACAGAAUCACUCACCUGGACGACUCGAACGGGGAGUUGACGAAAUUUUUCGGUGGCGAGAUUGCAAACUACAUCAAAAGCUGUACAAAGUAA